AUGUUUUACGCUCUGAGAUCCGUUGUUCCCAACAUUUCCAGGAUGGACAGAGCGUCAAUUUUGGGAGACACGGUUUCUUACAUAAUCGAGCUUCAAACCAAGCUCAAGGUCAUGGAAGCAGAGAGAGAGCAGUUAGGGUAUAGCUCAACUCCAUCGAUCAGCUUAGAACCCGAGAGAAAUUUUCAAACCUCAGGUGAUAACAGGAAUCUUAUGAGGCUUCGAUUAGAAUGUAUAUUGUCUCGGCUGAAUUGUCCUCAAUCUCCAGCCCCACAUAUUGUUGGACUCUGGGGUAUGGCUGGCAUAGGGAAGACUACCAUCACAAGAUAA